CCCGCGCGUUGCUCAUGUAACAUCGUGAUAUUUUUACCUUGCGUUUAUUCUCCCACAAUCCUUGGAUAAAUCCUCGAUUGCUUUAUUUUUUUCAGUGUAUGUACUAAUUGAUUUUACUAAAAUGAAUAUAUUAUCAUUUAAUAUUCGUUUAUUUCAUUUAAUAUCGAAAUCAAGUUUUUUUUUUACCUAUUAGAAGAAACAAGUGCUUUUAUUUUCAUUAUUUAAACAAGCUACUAUUUAUAGAAGUACGCAUAUAUCAUGCUUCCGAAGUUUUUCAGACAAGUUUGAAUGAAUCUUGAAUGAAAUUUAAACUAUGUGAUAGUGAAUUUAGUGAAUUGACUAAUAUGAAUUCAUAAUGAACGUGUAUAUAAGAAAAAUGCAAAUACAUUCUAUUUCAAAGAAUUUUAGUGCUUAAUAAUAUCAUUCGAAAUACAUAUUAAUAUGCUAGUCUUAAUAGCAUUAUUAUCUCAGUUGAUUAUCGAUCUUUCGUCUAUUUAACUAUAUUACGAAAAUAUUAUCGCGACUCCCGCGAUUUAUCUUUUCAUCUGUAAGGUAUGGCGCGAAAAAUACGAUAUACGAAUAAAAGAGAGCAAAAUGAGCAAUAUCAUUUUGUUUCAUUUACGAAUUUGCUCUAUUGCCACGAUAUUCAAGGUUAAGGAAAUCCUUUGCCUAAGAUAUGACUGCUGUCAACCGUUAGGGAUUUGUCAGCUGAGUUCGUUAAAAAUGAUUGGUCGAAUCUGACAGGUUACGGUCCAAUUGCGACUGCAAGUUCGGGCAUUACACGAACUAUCGAGAAUCAAAUCACUUUCAAACAACGUACAGAUUACGUCAAUGAUAUCAUGAAUGAUAAGAGGAAAGAAACAACCUUGGGAUGAUCUAUAUCUACUAGAGUGGCUAGAGAAUAAAUAACAGCGGCAAAAUGUUGAUAAAAGAAUAUCGAAUACCGCUGCCUCUCACCGUAGAAGAAUAUAGAAUUGCUCAGCUUUACAUGAUAGCGAAAAAAUCUAGAGAAGAAAGUCAAGGAGCAGGCAGCGGUGUAGAAAUAAUAGUAAAUGAACCCUAUAGUAAUGGUCCAGGAGGAAAUGGACAAUAUACUCAUAAAAUUUAUCAUGUGGGCAGUCAUCUUCCAGAAUGGUUCAAGAGUUUGUUACCUAGAUCCGCAUUAAUCGCCAAGGAAGAAGCAUGGAAUGCUUAUCCUUACACAAAAACUCGUUAUACUUGUCCUUUUGUUGAAAAGUUUUCUAUCGAAAUAGAAACGUACUAUUUUCCUGACAAUGGUUACCAAGAAAAUGUCUUCAAACUCAGUGGUAGUGAUUUGAGAAAUAGAAUUGUAGAUGUAAUUGACAUUGUAAAGGAUCAAUAUACGGGUGACUAUGUGAAAGAAGAGGAUCCUAAAUUGUAUGUGUCUCAGAAAACUAAUCGAGGACCUCUUACGGAAUCAUGGCUAGAAGAAUACUGGGCUGAUGUAAAAGGAAAGCAACAACCGACAUCAUCCGGAAAAUCGUUAAUGUGUGCAUACAAGUUAUGCCGUGUAGAAUUCCGUUAUUGGGGUGUACAAACCAAAUUAGAAAAGUUUAUACAUGAUAUAGCUUUGCGAAAAACCAUGGUUAGAGCUCAUAGACAAGCUUGGGCUUGGCAAGAUGAAUGGAACGGUUUGACCAUGGAAAAUAUUCGAGAAAUUGAACGACAAACACAAUUGGCAUUGCAAAAGAGGAUGGCUAAUGCAGAGGACGGUGAAGAAUCCCCGAACGACAAUCAAGAGAAAUCUAUUUCCAAUACGACGAUGACUCCUCAAGAAUCAGAUGUUGCUAUGACGUUAGCUGCCACACUUGGAAGCAUCGAGAAAAAUGAAGAUUUCCAAAGUCCCACAAGUGCUAGAAAAUCAUCUGAUAUACCAAUGACAAAUACAGCUAUCAGUUCGGAAGGUGAAGUUAGUCCCGAAGAUUCGCCGACUGAAGUACCCGAGCUUAGAAAUGCUCCUGAAGAAAAAGCAGAUGUAAAGAAGUCAUGGAAGAAGAACAAAGCGGCAAUGAAUUCGCCAUGCUCGAAUAAAAAUUUUGAUAUGCAAAUAGCAAAUUGGCGCAUGGAAAGUAUCGUGAGAGAAUCCGAAUCUGAUAGUGAAGAUGAGUUUUUUGACUGCCAAGCUGGGUUCAUUAUACCUAUUAUAUGCGAAGAAGAGGACGACAAUACGUUCACUUCGUCCACUAUGGCAAACAAAGAAGACGAUACGAUAUUUUCACCUUCAUAUCUACAACGAAUGGCUAGUGAACGUAGCAGUAAAAGAUUGCAAAUUUCUACUUCAGCUAGUAUUGAUGUCUCAUAUCCAGCUUCACCUCAACAUUCUCCAACCCAUCAACCAUGCAAAACUACUGUUCUUCUUAUUGUAAUGCAUGCAGGAAGUGUAUUAGAUGCUAAUGUUGAUUUAACAGCGAAAAAAUCAGAUAUCACAACUUUUAAAGGAGCCUUCGAAUCUGUAAUGAGACAACGUUAUUCCAGUAUGGUCGGACAUGUUGCUAUUAAGUUCGUUUCCUGUCCAUCAAUUUGCACUGAAGGUCUUGGUAUUUUAUCGAGUUUAAGUCCCUAUAGUUUCGAUGUUUCACCUUCCUCUGUGGAUGCUCCUCAAGUAACACACGAUACUAUUCCAAUCGGCGCUAUACCUUUGCUUGCUAGUUCUACUUCUGAAUAUCAGGAUGCUGUCUCACGAGUUAUAGCAGGAGCGAAUCAAGUUUAUCAUGAUUUUAUCAAAAGCGAAGAAGGUCGUGGUUUUACGGGACAGAUUUGCUUUAUUGGAGAUUCAGUAGGAGCGAUUUUAACAUAUGACGCUUUGUGUAGAUCUGUUCAUUCUAGACAUAAUAGCGAAAACAAUAUUUUGGAUAAUCAAGGCAUUGAGAAUAGCAUGAACACUGAAAAUGGCAAACACUUGACUGCACCUUCUCCUAGAAGGAAAUCUUCUAGUACAUGUGAGGGUUCACAUUCUAAAUUGGAUUUUGAUGUAGGAGAAUUUUUCAUGUUUGGUAGUCCACUUGCUCUAGUAUUAGCAUAUAGAAAAAUUUCUGCGGAUAAAUCUACUAAUAUAAAAAGACCAUUGGUGAAUCAAUUAUAUAACUUAUUUCAUCCUACUGAUCCUGUAGCCGCUAGAUUAGAACCACUCAUUUCUGCAAGAUUUUCUCUUCUUCCGCCUGUGAAUAUAGCUCAAUAUCAAAAGUAUCCAUUAGGAAAUGGGCAGCCUUAUCAUUUGUUGGAAGCUAUUCAAACAAAUCCACAAUUAUUUACGGAUGGAUUAAACAUUCCAAAUAUGUCAAUGUCCCACUUGAGACGACUGUCCGAUAUAUCGAUUCACAGUAUGAUGUCUGGUGUAGUUGAAAAUGUUCCUUUGCAAGUAAUAUCAAAUUUAACACAAAAAUGGUGGGGUACAAAGAGAUUAGAUUAUGCUCUUUAUUGCCCUGAGGGUUUAGCAAAUUUUCCUACAAAUGCUUUACCUCAUCUUUUUCACGCCAGUUAUUGGGAAUCUUUUGAUGUUAUUGCAUUUAUUCUACGACAAUUAGGCAGAUUUGAUUUACCAUUACUCGCAAAUGAAGAGAAAGAAUUAACUUGUUUCCGUCCAGGUCAACCUAGAGAGAAGUGGAAUAAGAAACGUACUUCUGUUAAACUUAAGAAUGUUGCUGCCAAUCAUAGAGCAAAUGAUGUAAUUGUUAGAGAAGGAGCACCUCAAGUGCUGAUUGCUAGAUUUAUGUAUAGUCCAAUUGAUGUUAUUGCUUUAACUGGCGAAAAAGUGGAUAUUCAUAUUAUGAAGGAUGCUCCUGCAGGGGAAUGGACAUAUUUAUCAACUGAAAUAACUGAUAAGAAUGGUAGAAUAACAUAUAAAAUACCUGAUGAUAAAGCAUUGGGAUAUGGUCUUUAUCCAGUUAAAAUGAUUGUUAGAGGUGAUCAUACAUUCGUAGAUUUCUUCUUGACUGUGAUUCCACCAAAAACAGAAUGCGUAGUAUUUAGUAUAGAUGGCUCAUUUACUGCGAGUAUGUCUGUAAGUGGAAAAGAUCCGAAAGUUAGAGCUGGAGCUGUUGAUAUUGUUAGGCAUUGGCAAGAACUGGGAUACUUAAUUAUAUAUAUUACCGCAAGACCUGAUAUGCAACAACAGAAAGUUGUUUCCUGGUUAUCUCAGCACAACUUUCCUCAUGGCCUUGUGUCCUUUGCAGAUGGUCUUUCAACAGAUCCGCUGGGUCAUAAAGCUGCGUAUUUAAAUAAACUUGUACAGGAACACGGUGUAAUAAUUCAUCACGCAUAUGGCAGCAGUAAAGAUAUUAGUGUUUACACUGCAAUUAAUCUUAAGCCAAAUCAAAUUUUCAUCAUUGGGAAAGUGUCAAAAAAAUACCAUGCUUUGGCAACUAUUCUUCAUGAUGGUUAUGCUGCUCAUUUAAGUAUGCUACAGGCGCACGGAGGCUCGAGACCUGCUCAGGGUAAUGCACGUAUGGUGAUUCCAAGAGGUCAAUUCGGUUUACCCGGACAAAAUGCUUCUCUACGGCGAAGAAGCUCUUUUAGAUUGGCGAAGCGUGCAAUAUCUCAACCAACACCGAGUAAAGUGAUCUAUCCAUUGGAACGAUCAACGAGUGUUGGGCCUCCAAUUUCGUCACAGACUACAUCAACCUUCCGAUCCACGGCACCAGAGAAACUUUGACGAUUCGCACGCUGCCGGUCGUUUUUUGAGCCCCGGCAUUAGCUGUAUACAUUUAAACACUUUAAAAAUACGAGGAUAGUUCGAAGAGGAAGUCCUCGUAUAUUUCGACCGAUACGUGCUCAACAAUCUAAAGAAGAUGAUUCUACUUUGUUACUCCGCCUUUUUAUAUCCUCUCUGUAUACCUAUUGUAAAUUUUAAAAUGCUAUUCGAUAUUACGAAUCCAUAUUGUAUAAAGUACGAUAAACUGUAUAGACUUCCCUAUCUGGUGUGAAGAAGGAACUUUCUAAUCAAGAAAAAAUGGUUUGAACGUACGAGGACUUUGUCUUUUGUCCCUUUUAACGUGUUAUUAUAUCAUCUACCAUUUUGAACAAUGUGAUUAAUUUUUUUUUUUAGCGAUUUAUUACUGAUUUAUUGAGAGCUUUUUUCUAGUGGUCUUUCCACGUAAACUGAUACAACGUCUUCUGCAAAAGAUGUGAUCGAGCACGAUCAAAAUUUUUGAUAACAUAGUUUGGAUCACGAAUUGAAUCUAGUUCCUAAAUAAAUUGACAUCUUAGAAGAUAGAAAUCUCCUAGAAAAAAAAGCGCUAUCUUUUUUAAUAUUUUUUUCCAUUGUUUAAAAUUUUAAAUUUUAAUCGGUUGCAUGAUUUUCUUUCGUCGAUUUUUGAUCAAGUUUCAAAAAUAUAUCCUACGAACUGUGUGUAUGUACAAUCAUGUUUUAUCUAAUUGAACUAUAUUAUUAUUCUAAUCAUAGUUCGUAAGAUAUAGAUAAAAGAAAAAAAGAAGGACAGAUCGGAUUGAUUGAAAUUGUUACCUGAAUUUUCUUCAUUAUUGGCAAGAGAAAACUGAUAUUAAUCGUUACUGAUAAUUAGCUUUUAAGUACACUGUUAUUAUAGUAACUCUAAUCAUUGCCAAGAGUUAUUAUAUAUAACAAUAUACGCGUAAUGUUAUCCAAGUUCCUUCGGUGCUAUGUUAUUUUCAACUAUUCGUAUCGAUUUGUAAAAAGAGAAGGGAAGAAAUUGAUAAAAAAAAAUAUUAAAAAAAAAAACAUGUUUUGUACGUUGUCUAUCAAGAAGUAUCGAGAGUAUAAUAGUAUGUUCUUUGAUAAACGUUGGUACAAAGAUACUUCCCUCUUAAUUGCUAUAGUUCCAUGUCAUCAUAGUCAGCGAUUAUGUAAAUAUAUCAAAAUGUAUAUAAAUAAGUAUUGCUAUAAAAUGUUCAUGGAUAAAAUAUUUAGAUUAUAGAUAAAUAUUGAUUUAUUAAUUUCUAUACGAACUUCGUCAACGAAAAUACUGUCCAAAUGAUAAUAAAAGUAUAAUAGUUUCUUCUACACGAAUGGCAUAAUUCGAUGACGAAGAACGUUAAUAUUAAUUAUUAAAUAUGUUUUCGAAGAUAGUACGCUUAUAAUUAAGUUAUUAAUUAUCAUGUCCGUUUCUAAUCGUGAACAUACAUUUAAUUUUGUAUUUGAUAACAAGUCGAAGUAAUGUCACUUGAUAUUAUUAUAAUUCAUUAAUAUGAUAAUUAUUUAAUGUUAUGAAAAAAGUGUGUGGGUACAAACAAAGAUACUUAAAGUAAAGCGUGUGGCGAAAGUGAUAUAACGAUUAUUCGAAUUUCAUUAUCAUAUUAUUAUAAUAGAUAAUGAAUUACAUAUAUUUUUUUUAUUUUCGCAAAAAAAAAAAAAUGAUUUGAUAUCAGAUGAAGUUAGAUCAAUAGAAAAAUAUAUUUAAUUAAAUUUAUUGUUGUGCCAUCAUUGUUCCUUGGCUGUAUUAGUAAAAUAUGUAGUUGGUUGAAGAUCUGCCAUUGAUCUAGUUCUGAUGUUAACAAACAGAAUCUAGACGUAUUAUAUAGUGCUACCUUCACCAUAAUGUAAAGAAAAAUAAUUAAUAAUUAAACUGAAAUAUCGACUGUUUGUAUUAUUGUAAAGGUGCACGAAUAUAGUUCUGUAUAUGGAUAUACCGUAUAGGUAUAUAAUUAUACAUCUGUAAUAAUAUGACCGUGUAUAUGUAUAUAUAUUUAAUUAUGUACAUAUAUAUAGGGUGUUUCAAAGAUAUAUAAUUUUUUAGUUUAUCGAUGAAUUGUUAGAAAUCAUAAGAGAUGUAUAAAAAUAUUUAUCUUAAUUGGUCAAAGGACCAUGGAUUCUUAAUCAAUUUUUGUAUUGUUAAUUCAUAUACAAAUAUUAGAGAUUAUUUUAUGAAUGUUGAGAAUGUUAUUUACUUUUAAAAGUUAUUCGCGAA